AACCUUCAAAUUACUCGUUUAGCACAGCUCACCUUGAGCCUCUGAUGCAUCUUGUCAAAGUAGGAAUCUCUGCAAACACACGCACGAGCCGCUAUAUUGAACAGUUCUCUUUAAAAAUUCCGUCAUUUAGGUUGAAAAACAAUAUUUGGAUUUCGUAAGGCUUGUUUGUUUGGAUCGGAAUUGUUGUUUUACGGAUACGAGAUCAAGGAUGCCAUAAACAACCAAUGCAUAAUUACAGUGUUCUCUCUUUUAACGAAUCGUGUUAAAAAUUCAAAGGUUUCAGUUCUGAUGGAGGAAUUUUGUUCUUUUGUACCUGUUUAUAGUGAGGAGCAGAGGAAGUUGAUUGACGGCGAGUUUGGAAGGAUCAAAGACGAACAUUUUUUGGAUCAUGCCGGUGGCACUUUAUAUUCUGAGAGACAAAUUGAGAACAUUGCAGCAGAAUUGAAAAACACUCUUUUAUGCAAUCCACAUGGAAAGAAUGCUCCCAGUCAAAAAACCGAAGAUGCUAUCGAUAUUCUUCGUUACAGGAUACUCCAACAUUUUCACACGAACUCAGAGGAAUACACCGUUAUAUUCACCGCCAACUCUACAGCCUCCAUAAAACUCAUAGCUGAAACUUUCGAAUUCACCAAUCAGAAUGGAAAAGAAGGAGGGCUCUUUUACCUGGAGGACAAUCAUACCUCAGUGCUGGGGAUGAGAUCCUACAGUCCUAUUUCCAAAGUACUCACCGUGCCAGAAGCUUUUGAAAUAUUGGGAUCGCCAUCCGAAGACGACCUCCACCACCUCCCAAACACCAGCUCCCUUUUCGUCUACCCCGCCCAAUGUAAUUUCUCCGGCACUAAAUAUCCCCUUGAUUGGAUCAAGAGGGUUCACAGCGGUGGUCUCAAUGGAGCGAAAGGAUUGAAAGCAAGGAAGUGGUAUGUCCUGCUCGAUGCAGCUAAUUUUGCGGCCACUAACAACUUGGAUCUGUCCAUAUACAAGCCAGAUUUUGUCCCGUUCUCCUUCUAUAAGUUAUUCGGGUAUCCUACGGGAGUGGGGGCGCUUUUGGUGAGGAAUUGUAGCCAGCAAGUAUUACAAAAGAAGUAUUAUGGAGGAGGCACAGUACUGAUGGCUCUGGCUCUUGAGGACGAGGCUGUGUUGAAGAGCUCUCUCGCUGAAAGAUUUGAAGAUGGUACUCUUCCGUAUCUUUCAAUUUGUACCUUGAAUGAAGGGUUUAACACAUUGAAAAGACUAGAUCUUACUAUGAAAUCGAUUUCUAAACAUACAUUCAACUUGGCCAAAUACCUUCAUUCGAAUUUAGUCACUUUGCAUCAUGCCAAUGGAAAACAGGCUGUGAUCCUCUAUCAUGACACCACCUUCGAAAAUAAUCAACAUCAGGGAGGAAUAGUAAACUUUAAUUUGGUCAGAGAGAAUGGUCAACAUAUUGGAUAUGCUGAAGUGAUGAACAUGGCGAGUUUGAACAAAAUCCACUUACGGACAGGUUGUUCGUGCAACCCAGGAGCUUGCCAAAGGCAUUUGAAACUCAGUUCCAACGAUGUCAGGAAGCAUUUUAACGCAGGACACGUUUGUGGAGACCUCAACGAUUUAGUUGAUGGGAUUCCUACUGGCUCAUUGAGGGUUUCGUUCGGUUAUAUGUCAAGAAAAGCUGAUGUUGACGCUCUUCUCAGGAUGAUAAAGGAUUGUUUCAUCCAAAAACCCAUUUUGAUAAAGUUUCCAGAAAAUUGGAAGAUAUUGCAAGAGAAUUACAUAAAUAGAUUUAAGGGACAUCAUACAAAAAAUAAUAAUAUGUACAGGAAUCUAGUAAAACCUACGGAAUUCAAGCAAGAAGUUAUUAUCCGAAAUACUCUUUCAUUUGAUGCUGUAGAUAAAGAAUUUGCCGGAGGUAUACUCAAAUAUAUAUUCCUCUAUCCAGUUAAAUCUUGUGGAGCGUUCGCUCCACCGAAAAGCUGGAAGGUAUCCAAUUCUGGAUUGGAAUACGACAGAAAAUGGAUGAUUGUGAAUAGUAAUGGUUCCUGCCUAUCUCAAAAGCAGAAUCCGAAUAUGUGUCUCGUUAGGCCAGUUAUCGACCUAGAACAAACAACACUUGAAUUAACUUUUCCAGAUGAAGGUAGCAUCGUUAUACCCUUACACGAUCCUAACCGUAAAACCCUUAGUCUAUGUGAGAGUAAGAUAUGUCGAGAUAGAGUCAUAGGCUUUGAUUGUGGAGAUGCAGUCAGUACUUGGUUGAGCAGAUGCUUGAGAUGUGAAGGCUUGAGACUGAUUCAACAGAUUGAUCAUGAUGUUGCCAGGGUUAAUAGACAAGGACAACAUCUUCAGCUAUCUUUUGCCAAUGAAUGCCAAUAUCUCAUGGUCAACCUGGCCAGUGUCAAGUGGUUGAGAGAUCGUGUGCGAGAAAAAGAAAAUGGAUAUUCGGAGAGCUUAGAGUCGAUGGUUCUCAGAUUCAGACCGAAUAUCGUCAUAGAUUUUGAAGAACCCUUCAUAGAAAAUGAAUUGGAGGCUAUAGAUAUCGAUGAAAUUACCUUUCAAACUGCCGGCGGUUGUACAAGAUGUCAAAUGAUCUGUAUAAAUCAAGUGAACGCCCAGAAAACAAAGGAACCGCUGAUAACCCUGGCCAGGGAAUUUGGGGGAAAGGUCAAAUUCGGGGUGUAUCUGGGUAACGGAGGUACAAGGUGGGGCAAGGACACUCUGGUCUUGGGAAGUGAUGUGCAGGCUAGGAAGAAGACGUCAACAGAAUGAACUUCAUUUACAUAUAAUUGGUGUUCAAUUUAAUAUCAUUUUUUUAAUUUUGUCUUAUAAAUACUACAUCUCAAACAACAAAUCAGAAAGUCAUAACUACAAUAGGAGAAGAAAGAAACUACAGAUUGAGAAGAAACAGACAUCUAAAAGAUUGAAAAAUCUAAAGAAAUUAAAGGAAAAAAUGUUUCAUUCUUAUGUUUGUAUUCAAACAGAUUAAUGUUCGAUAUUGAGAAAGUACAGUGCAUACGUCAUUGGAAAUGGACGCUUUUGUAAUAAGUAGUACUAGACCGAAAGAGGAGAGAUAGGAAAUCAAGGCCGUUGGCGCCUUUUUCUGACCUUACAGUUUGUUAUUAUCAUUAUUAUAUGUUAUUGUUUUAUUUGUAUUUUUUUAACAUGCCACAGCAGUAUUGCGUUGAAUGAUGAGCGACGAAUGUGUUGAGCAAGUUCGGUUCCUCUAAGUUGGUGACAGUUAUAGUAUAUCCAAAGUCACUUGGAGGAAGCCAGAAUAUUUAGAUUAUGCAAGGGUUCUCCAAGUUUCCAGAAAUUCCUUUGGGGCCAGUGAAUUUAUUGCCCAAAAAUAGUCCCAAUUAAACCCCGGUAAAUAGCAGAUCGCGGUAUCCACUUCAAUAGGACAUCUGUUCAAGCGUUUUUAUGGACUAGUUCAAGUGACUUUGGAUAUACUUCAACUAGUUUGAAUUAGCAUAAAUUUACUUUCUGAUCAAUUAGAAACUGUAUAGGCGAACAGUAAAUUCUUGGUCUAACCUAACCUAACCUCAAAGGAAACUUUGUUUUUGGCUAAUUCCUAACCUAACCUAAUCUUGAAGUAAUUUUUUUUAGUUUUUUGUUGUCCCUAUGAAUUGAACUCUUUUCGAACCUUAGAGAAUGUAUAUGAAUUAACUAAGAUUGAGAAUAUCAAUAAAAUGGAUUCCAAGAAGUAUUAGUAUUCAUUAUAUACUAAACUAACAGGAAGUCAAUUCAGUGAAUGAAAUGAUUAUUUGUUAAUUUAUUCAAAACAUUAUUUCUAUGAAACCCUAUCGACCGAAAUCAUAUCUGAUAUUUUAUGCAUCGAAAUUCGGGUUUAACAACGAUUUUGAUAUUCUUGAAUUGAUUAGUGCCAAAUAUUUAUUCAUUGUACUGUUUCCUUAAAAGAGUAACUAUUUUAGAGUGGAGCAAAAUAAAUUGAACCACGACAUUUUUUCCAAAUUAUUAUUUCUUUGAAUCCUGAAGAUUUUCAGUUAAUAAAUUAAGAGUUAUGUCAUAAGAUUCAUGUUUUGUCUAUCAUUAUAUUUUAAUAAAUUUGUUCAUUGUUGGUAAAAAAUUGUUGUAUCAUUUAACGUUUUGAAUAUUAAAUGAAUUUUUACAUAA